AAUAAUCACGAUAGUGCCCGAUGGCGUCCUCUUCUUCGCGCUCGUCCUCGUCUUCUGAAAACCCUAACCACGAUCUCCUCAACAAGAUUCGAAGCCGUGAGAUCGCCAUUAGCGAGCUCAACGGCCUCGCCCCCUCCCGCGUGAGCUCUCUUUUCUUUCUUCUCCUUUGCUGCAAAUUACUGUACAUUGAGUCGUUCUUUUACUUGGAAUGUUUAUCAGAAAAUUGGAAGAAUGCUUUUUUCGAAAGAGUAUAAAAACAGCCGUUCAAUCUGAGAAAGUGAGUGUUCUGCAUAAUCUCUUUGAAAUUUCUUGGCUUGUCAAGAUGCUUAUCCAAGUCAUCUUCUUCAUUAUGAUGACAACUUCAUCAAGAAGCGUGGAAGCUGUAAUGCCAAAGCACAGUUGCAAAAGAUGGAUCUGAAAUAAAAGAACUAAGAUGUCGUGGUAAGAGCUGGGUCAGUCGAAUCAUCCUCAGUUUGUGGCAUCUACCAAUUUUGCCGUACGACUUUGCGGAGAUCUGUGUUUAUGGUAAACAAUCGCCUGGGCUUUGUCAUUGCGAAUCCCUUUUGUGAGGAGGCACCUCUUCUCUCAAAAUUACUGGUGGCCCAUUCUCCCUGGUCGGAAUAGGUAAGUAAAUUUCUUUCCUUAGAACCGCACUAGAGAGUUUCCUAUCGCAUACAGCUUAGCAAUUGAUCCCUUUGUCAUCAUAUUUUGUUAGAUCGAAUAGAAUCAUUUUGUGAAGAUCAAAUAGAAUCAUUUUGUGUAUCCAGAAUAAUAUCAAUCCAAGCCAUUUUAUGCAUAAAAAGUGACAAUUAACCAACUUGAUCCUCUUCCCUGGGAUCCCAGAUAAGGGAACCCUAGAAGAGCCGCCGAUCUUUUAACAAUACCUUCUAAGGAAUCGUUAGUCCAAGACAUUGAACAACAAUGUUUUAUUUUAGAAAAACACUAGGAAAAAUUACUUACUCCAUCUGACUAAAUCCCAGUUUGAGUCUGGGGUAACCUACACGGAAAGAUAUUUAUUUCCCUAUUUUAACUCAUUUGAAUUAGAAAUUAUUCAGCUAGAUUUAGUCACAUGUCGAGAUCAUCUAUCUGUGGAGAUUGGUUCCUUUUCCCUUUCACUUGUACUAUAGGGAAGGAGUGGACUUUAUGCGUAGUACUCAUUGACUAAUCAAUUAAGUAAUCAAAUUGUAAUAAUUAUUAAUUGUUAAAUUGAUCGUUUUGCGAAGCCCUAAAAAAACAUGAUUUUCGACAGAAUCAAAAGACAUAUAUGGUAGAAUCAUAACCAUAGAAUACAACCCUAAUCGAGAUGCAUACAUUUGUCUCAUACACUAUAGGGAUGGUGAGAAAGGUAUAUAUUUUACAUCCCAGAGGGGCUAUAAUUGGAUAUACCAUUGUUUCUGGUAUAGAAGUUUCUAUAUCAAUGUGUGCUAAAGAGCGUGGAGGUUCGAAUCCUCUUCAAGGCAUAAUAUUGAGAAUGCUCAUUGAAUGAGCAAUUCAAUAACAGAUUUCCGAUCUAAUCAAUAUUGAUAUACCGAGUAUCUUAUCUGUUGAUACGAAGUAUUCUGGUAAUCAAAUCACUUUUCUUGAGAAAUACAAGACAUUUAAGUUGUACAAGUAAAGAGAUCUAUUCAUUGGAAAAUGAACGUGAACGGUGAUGGGAUUGAUGAUAAAAUAGAAGCCUCGGGCCAAUCAAUUGAAUAUUGGUUAAUACAUAAUCGAUUGAACACAUUUUGGAUAUGACUCUUUUGUUCAAAAAUGAAGUGUUCCAAAUGUUUUCUUUAUACAUUAUUCUCAUUAUGUUCCGGGUGGUAAUCUCUACUGAAGAAUAUAGCUCUAUGAGCAAAGGCUCCUGUCAUGAGAAAAGAAUUUGUGAAUGUUUGUAUCCAUAUGGCAAGAUAGAUCUGAGUAUAUGUUGGAAAGAAGGAGAUUGAGCUGAAGUAUGUGACAUCUAAAGACCAAGUGGCAGACAUGUUUAUUGAGGCCUUAAAAGUUUGAAGAUUUCUGCAGGUUGAGAUCUGUCCUUGGAAUAGUUAAAGGCUAAUUUACAAGUUUAUUCACAAGGGUUUUUUGUUUCUAUAUAUAUUUCAUUCAGUGUGAACUUUUCAGCGUGUUAGAUUUGGACCCAAUUGAAGACUGCUUCCUCUGUUCUCUGUUUUUUCCUUCUCUAACACUUACUUGGGCUAUAUCUAUGUGAAAUUAAUUUGAAUAAUGUGGAUAAUUGCUAGAUGUGAUUAUGGAUAAAGAGAAUUUGACUUCUACACAGAUGUUUAAUGCAAGAGAUAAUCUUGAAGUUGGGUUGAAUACCAAACAAAAUUCUUAUUGAUUCAGUCUUUGCAAGGGUAGAGGAGUUCGAGGAGAUUUAGGCUCGUGUUUUUUCAUGAAAAGUAUGUGUUUGAGUGAGUGAGAUAACGAAAUCAUACUAUUAGUUGGUAUGGCUCUUGUACUCUGAUGAGCUUAUUAUUUCAUGUAUAAUUUGAUGUACCAUGGUUUUCUUUUUAUUUGGGUUUUCCAUUGUUAUUGUGUUACUUGCUUAGUUGCCUAUGUCUUUUUAUUGUUUGGUAUUUUAUUGUCAUGAUGGAGCUCACUAGGUGUGGUUACAGUUGUGAAGGAUUUCAUCUAUACAAGUGCCUCUCCCUUUCCUGAAGAAGUGGUUCUGCCAAAUUUAUAUUAAGUUGAAUCUUAUUCAAAGUUUAGUUGAGAUAUAUAUAUAUAUAUAUGUGUGUGUGUGUGUGUGUAUCUUAUUUGGAGUGUUUUAUCUAUAGUUUGAAUCUGAGUAGGAUUUGAGUUGGUUAUUUUAGUUUUAGUGAGAUUUGGUUUAUGUAGUCUAUAUAAAAAUUUUCCCUCAGUAUACAUAAAGGAUGAAAAAGUGAGAGAUCACCCAUCAGUCAUUAGGAUUUGGAAGGAAAUAUAUGAAAAAAGUAUUGAAAGUAAAUCCCACUUCUAAGACUUAGAUGCUGUUGCAUAUUUUGAUUGAAAUAAAAUUUUUUAUUAUUACAUAUUACGUCAUUUUCCUAUCCAUGUUUCUAUGGUUUUUCAAUUAACUAGGAGCAGACUUUUUAUAAUUUUUUUUUAUUAAAUUAAUUUGUUAUUCUUUGUGACUUCGCAAAGAUGAGUGAAAUAGCCUCUUUUUGAACUCCAUAUAGGCAGCUAAAUUGUCUCUUGGAUGCUAAAUUUUGUAUAUCUGUUAGAGUAGGAUUAUAUCUUAAUGUCUUUCUGGUUUAUUACUUAACAGAGACUUACUCUACUUCAUUGUAUAAAGUUAAUGAUGUUUAAGUUGAAGUUCUAAUCCUUUCUUAUUUAAAAAGAGCUGGUGUUCCAAUUAUAUUCUAGAGAGAGACUAUUCUUUGGGUUGUUAUUGACAACAGGUUUGAAUUACUUUGGAUCUAACCUUUAUAGUUAUUUUACCAAUGAAUUCAAGGUUUCUGUGUUUCUUUUAGUAGUUGGAUAGUUUUUUAUUGUUUCUAUUGUCUAGUCUUUGUUUUCCAAACUAAGUUUUAUCAAAAUAUAUGAUGUUGGAGUUAGAUUUGAGGGCAAGUGCUAUGAUCAUAGCCUAAUAAUUCUCCUUGAUAAUGAUGAAUCAUUGUUCUUUUCCUGCAUUUAAGUUUGAGAUUUUUGAUCCUGUCAAUUGUUUUCACACUUUGAAAUGCUGGUUUGGUAGGCAUUAUGGCUAGCAAGAGGCUUCUAAAGGAGCUUCAGCACCUGCAGAGAGAUCCUCCAACAUCAUGCAGUGCAGAACCUGUUGGAGAUGACCUGUUCCAUUGGAAAGCGGCAAUCAUGGGCCCUGCUGAUAGUCCCUAUGCUGGAGGUGUAUUCUUUGUUGAUAUUCAUUUUUCUCCAGAGUAUCCUUUCAGGCCUCCUUAUGUGAAAUUCCAAACCAAGGUUUACCAUCCAAACAUCAACUCCAAUGGCAACAUUUGCCUUGACAUCCUCAAUGAGCAAUGGAGCCCAGCUCUGACAAUUUCCAAGGUCCUUCUCUCCAUCAGUUCUCUGCUCACUGACCCGAACCCCGACCAUCCUCUCGUUCCGGCGAUUGCUCGCAUCUGCAAGAACCAGAGAGCCCUUUAUGAAGAAACCGCUCGAGAAUGGACCCAGAAAUAUGCCAUGGGUUGACUAAUGAUCAUUCCUUAUUUUCAGAAACAAAAAAUAUUGUGUUAGACUUGUUAAUUGUUGUCUUUAGCUAAAGCAUAAGAUCAAGUGCUUGUUAUGAAUCUCUUAGUUUUCUUUGUGAAGUCAUAUAGACUGGCAUGGAACUCAAUCUAUUUGGCUGUAUGAACAUGUUCUGAUUAUGA